GGAAUAUUAAUUAGAAAAUAAAAUGGAGAAGCUACCUCAAGAUCCAUCCGAAAGCCACAAAGAAGCAUUCAUCUCUAACUUAUUGGCAAGACCAUCUCAGAAGCCUGAUUUCAGCAUGCCAUUGCCAAAAUCAUCAGUUCUAAAUGAUAUUAAAUCAUUUCUUCCACAGUUUAAGACUUCAACAGAGGAACUCAUUAACAAUGAUGAGCUUAGGAAAAAUAUGAAUAUUGACAUUCAGACAAACACAGAGGCUGAUAGCCAAGCUGAACAGACUGCUGAUCCCUCUCAGUCUAAUAAGCAGUACAUCGAAAUUAACAUGGGCGUUGGUGUCUACGACAUCAAAAACCCUGAAUUCAAUGAAAAAGAUGUGUGACUACAAGAGAGCAAGAAACCAUGUCUUAUCAUCGAAGAUGAUAAAAGUGAUGAAGAGACCCAGAAACCACUUGUCCAAGAAAUUGGAGCCAGUAACACACCAAUGCAAGACGAUAGCGAUGAUUCUGAUUCAAGUGACGGCUCUGAACCCACCGAAGAAGAUAUACAAAAAUAUGAGGCUUUUGUUAGGUCGUACCUCAAUAAAUAGCAAACACUCUU